GGAAGCAGAGGAUAGACAGAGAGAAAAGGGAAAAUUACCAGACAAGAGUUCUUCUUUCUUCUCUCUGCCUGCUUCUUUUUCCUCUCUUUUCUCUCUCUCUCUCUUUCUUUGUGAAAAUCUAGAAGAAGAGAAAGCUACAAAAAUCUCAACAUCGAGUCUUGUUGGGAUGUGAAACACAUGAUUUUCGAGGAGUAGAGAGAGACAGAGAGAAAUUAAGGGAAAGAGCUCACUUGUGUGACUUGUUCUGUGAGAAAAUUCUCUAAGCAAAAUUCUCAAUUUUUUCAGCUUCUUUCUAAUUUAUGCAUAUUAAAAUUCAGAGCUUUUACACUUGAAAGUUGUCAUCUUUGUCUCAGUCUCUCUCUCUCUCUCUCGUUUGCAUAGAAGAAACAAUUUUUGUGUUGAUUUAGUCAGUUCACCUAAUCUGAAGAGAAGUUAAAAAGUUUGGCUAAGAUUUGUCAAAAAGUUAAAACUUCCUUUUCAUGGAAGCUCAACAACUUAAUCUCUUUGGCAGUUUCCUUAUCUUAGUUUCUUUGGAUCUGCCUUUGAUUUUCUUUCAUUUGUCUUUUAACUGCAGUUUCCAAUUUGGUUCAUGCAGGUAAGAGUUUUGGCUACAGAGCAACCAUGCUAACUUGCGCCUUCUCCCAAAAUCUUAUCCACUAAUCUCGGUAAGGAAAGUGAUGUUGGCAAAAUGGUGAAGAAAGGAAGUUGGUUUUCUGCUAUCAAAAGGGUUUUUACUCCACAUUCCAAAGAGAAGCUAGCCAAUGAACCAGAGAGAAAGAGUGGCAAAGAAAAGAAGAAGAAAGGUUUUGGGAAGCUAAGGCAUGGCGAGACCAAUUCAUUUCUUCCCAUCUUCAGAGAGCCUAGUAGUAUCGAAAAGAUCUUGGGCGAGGCUGAGAGAGAUCACAAUCUUGUCUUCAGGCCUCCUACUCCUGAUCGACCAAAUCCAUAUUCAGCCUCUCCUCCUCCGAGGCCUGCUUCUCCUCGGGUUGCUUCCCCAAGACCAACUUCUCCAAGAGUUGCCUCACCACGAGUCCCUUCUCCAAGAGCUGAAGUUCCAAGAACCCUUUCACCAAAGCCUCCUUCUCCAAGAGCUGAAGUUCCAAGAUCCCUUUCACCAAAGCCUCCUUCUCCAAGAGCUGACCUUCCAAGAUCACUUUCGCCAAAGCCCUUUGAUCGAUCGAAGCCAUCAUCAGCCUCUGCUAAUGCCCCUCCUACUCUUAGGCCUGCUUCUACUCGAGUUCCUUCUCAGAGAAUUACACCUCACAGUGUUCCUUCUCCAAGACCAAGUUCACCAAGAGGUGCCUCCCCACAAGCCAUCUCUUCAAAGCCGCCUUCUCCAAGAGCAGAGCCACCAACAUUGGACACUCCAAGACCUCCCUCUCCAAGAGCUGCUUCUCUAAGAGCAGACCCACCAAGAUUGGAUGCUGCACGACCCACCACGCCUAGGCCUCCUUCUCCACUAGCAGACGCACCAAGAUUGGAUGCUCCACGACCCACUACGCCUAAGCCGCCUUCUCCAAGAUCAGACCCGCCAAGAUUGGAUGCUCCAAGACCCACUACGCCUAAGCCCCCUUCUCCAAGAUCGGUUUCUCCUAGGGCUGUGCAGCGGCGGGAGAUUGUUUAUAGACCAGAGCCAACGCUUCCGGUCCAACAUGCUUCUGCAACAAAGAUUCAAGGAGCUUUCAGAGGUUACAUGGCAAGGAAGAGUUUCAGAGCUCUCAAAGGUCUAGUCAGACUUCAAGGUGUGGUGAGAGGAUACAGCGUGAAGCGGCAGACGAUAAAUGCAAUGAAGUACAUGCAGCAAGUGGUCCGUGUUCAAUCCCAAAUCCAGUCACGUCGCAUCAAAAUGUUGGAAAACCAAGCCCAGGUAGAGAAAGAUGAAGCCAAAUGGGCUGCGUCUGAAGCUGGUAAUGAUAAUUGGGAUGACAGUGUGCUGACAAAAGAGGAAAGGGAUUCAAGAUCACAAAGAAAGACUGACGCAAUCAUCAAGAGAGAAAGAUCCAUGGCCUAUGCAUAUUCUCGCAAGUUGUGGAAGAACAGUCCUAAGUCUACUCAGGACAAUCGUUCUUUCCCUCAAUGGUGGAACUGGGUGGACCGGCAGAAUCCUCUUGCUAGUCCUGCACCGAGCUAUAGCCAACCACAAAGAGAUUUCAGGCUAACACCAUCAAGACUGUGCCCAAGUCCUCUGUCUCAGUCAAGCAAACAACACCAUAUCAGGCUUGACAACCACUUUGACACUUCAACACCCAGAUCGUCAAGAUCCACUUUUCACACUCCCUCCAGACCCAUCCACACAGGGACAUCAAGAUACUCAAGAGGAAGACUAAGAGGUCAAGAUUCUCCUUUCAAGGAUGAUGAUAGCCUCACAAGCUGCCCUCCAUUCCCUAGCUACAUGGCUCCAACAGUCUCUGCCAAAGCAAAAGUUAGACCAAACAGCAAUCCAAAGGAGAGAGUGAUGGGUACACCAGUCAGCGAGAAGAGGAGAAUGUCGUAUCCCCCCACGCAAGAUACGUUUAGAUGGAACAAAGGGUCAUUGGUCAUGAGCAACAGCAGCAGCCACAGAGGUCCUGGUUCACCUGGAGGUGUGGUUCUUGAGAAGCACAAGACACUUAAAUCAGUAGGAAAUUUGAGCAUUGGUUCCACUGCCUCCAUGGCAACAACAGUUGGGAGAAAGGAAUUUAACAGAUUUGUGUGAUUUCUUUUGAUUUGAACAUUUUUCUUUGGGUUGUGUUGAUUUUGAGUGUUGUAACAUAAUAAAAGGUAAAACAGAAAAACAAAAAAAACCGGAGGAUUUGGUUUGAAGUAGAACUCUUAGAAAUGAUAUGAGCAUUAGACUUGGUAAUACUAAUGAAAAAAGUUGACACUUGAAGCAAAUUCACAAGGGUAAAAUGUAUCUUACGGUUUUUAAUGAAAGCUAAAGAGACUGUAGGGCUUCAACA